AUGUCUGCCACUCAUCAACAUCCACUAUCAACACCUGAAUUGCCUUUUGGUUAUUCCCCUCGGCACAGCACGGAUCAUCAUUCUUCCUCGGAGGCGACCAGUCCCCCUGGCCGCGAGCCGGCCUCGACGACCUCGGCAUCGAGUGGAGAUGAUACGCCUGGUAGGAGGGUUAAGUUUGAUGGCUAUCCAGCUUUCGAUCCCACGGUUGGUAGCGAGUCUGUGGUCAGCGGAGUUCAGGCGUUCGAAAGUCGUGGUGACACUGACGAGCUGCAGGAACGAAUAACUGCUCUCUCGAAUGCUGUUUCACAGGCUCAUUUUGAGCUGAAUGAAGAGCGGCAGAAGCGACGUCUAUUAGAGCUGGAAAAUGAGACGUUGAAGCUGAAGGUGUUGUCUUUGAGUAUGAUGAGCCCGGAGGCCGCAGGCGCAUUGGAAGCUACUGUUGAUGAGGGUUAUGGGAUCAGCAAUGGCCUGGACCUCUCGCAGAUCUACCUGGGGAGUAACGCGGGUCAUCAUAACCGUAGUCGUGCGAUGACAGCAGUUGAAGGUCUGACCCAAAAUGUGUUACCGGUGUGCCGAAAGGCAACCAUUGAUGAUGCUAUGUUGGCUAUGGCAUUCGAGAACAAGGAGGAUGUGUUGGUUGUACGUCACAUUGGGAGCCUUGGCUUUGGACCAGCACAGACACUAGCUGCUUACUUGUCGGUAUUCGGUAAAGUACAGGAGGUCAUCGAGAUAGAGGAUAGGGAUGAGGCUAUCAUCGUUAUGACCGAUGCUUCGGAUAGCAGUCCUGUCUACCCUCAUGGUCUCAAGGUGGUCAGUGGAGGCGAGGUAGAGAUCGCUUCUUACAAUGAGGCUCUAUCAGCUGGCUGGCUAUCGGCGGUUCACGACACUGACUCGUUGUCGGUGCCCAAUGGUAGUCUUGAUAGUUCGUCGCUCCUCUGGCAUGUUACAACUCCCAGUGGUUUGGGUGUACAUCAGAGCUCCCUGAGGAGUCAUGCUCAGACCUGGGAUGCCAGCAGAAAGUCGCGACCGGAGCCUUCGACGUUUGCUGGGGACAACGAGCCGCCUCGGAUGAACCUCUUGGAGGCGUUACAAGUCUUCAACGAAGAGGAUGAGAAGAGGGUCUUCACGGUUCGGAAAGUGCACAAGCUCGGUUUUAAAUCACAGUAUGCUUUAAAGAAGUACUUCAGCCAGUUCGGUAGAGUGAAGGACGUUGUUCUCCUCCCGAUGAGGGCCAAGCCGAAGCCAGGCCCGCAUGGUCAAGUUCGUGCGGUUCGACCGAGCUCGAUGGGCUUUGUGGUUAUGCAGUGCCCUGAAGAUGUACAGAGGAUUCUCGCCUAUGGAGACACGCAUACAAUNNNNGAGGUUGGAUCUUCUCAAUGA